CCCACUUCAUACCCACCAACCAUCUUCAUUCUUCAUUCACUUCGUCGUCCCCAUCCUCAAGAUGGAUAAACGAACGGCGGAGAGUCCGAUGGACUUUGAAUGGCAGACAAGGGCCCCAGGCGAUGUGACCUCGCCCUUUUACCAGCUCAGCAUGCAGCAUGACAAUCAGAAGAAACGGCCCCAUAGCAUUUUCGAUUCGCCAGAGAAGAAAACGAUGCCCGCGCUGCGAGAGCCCAACUCCCAGCCCUUCCUCUUCUCCCAGACCAAGACGCAGCAACCCCCCGCGACUCCGAAGCCGUUCUUUAACCAAUCAGCAUUCAUGACGCCUCGCAAAUUCGAUGUCGACUUCUCGUCCGGCGCUGAGAACAUGUCUUCCCCCGAACACGCAGACAACGAAGAUACCCCCGAGCAACCGAAAGCCCAUCGGAACUCGCUGUUCAGCAUGUACGGACGGUUUGCGCCGAGCCCUGGUCGCGGCGAGAUACCCCGCGUGAGCCACUACUCCAACGCGUUGGCACGACGGGUGCAGAAGAGACGGCGGAGGGACAAGGCGCUGGAUCUACAACUACGGAGGGACAGUGACGAUGAGAGUGACCGACCAAGCAGCAGUGAGCUCAAGCCAACCAAGCAAAGACAGAAGCCGGGACCAGGCCAGCCGGAGACGACUCAAACGGGAUCACGUCUGACUUCAUUCUCAGAUUUCUUUGCUCUGCUGGAAGCACAUCCGAAUGUCCCUAGCAUUCUUUCUUGGUGGGCGCAGUUGGUGGUGAACCUGUCGUUGUUCUCGCUUGCGGUAUAUGUGGUCUUUGGGUUUGUGUCAGCGAUCCGGGCAGAAUUCGAGCAGGCGGCCGAGGAGGUGUCAGAUACGAUCCUGGCUGAAAUGGCGGCAUGCGCUAAGAGCUACGUCGACAAUCGAUGCGCGGGAGGGGAUAGACUGCCGGCCUUGGAAAGCGUGUGUGAAAACUGGGAGCGAUGCAUGAACCGGGAUCCGGCCAAGGUCGGGCGGGCUAAGGUGUCGGCGCAUACGAUGGCUGUAAUUAUCAACAGCUUUAUCGACCCUAUCAGCUGGAAAGCGAUUAUGUUUUUCCUUGCUACGAUAUCGACCGUCACCGUUGUCAGCAACUGGUCCUUCCGUUCCUUUAGAAACCGUCUCAACCAACACGAUUAUUCUGCACCCCCUAGCUAUUCUCGACAAUCGUCCGCACAGCAUCACCCGUCGCUUGCGCCGCCUCAAUACCCCUAUCAACAUAACUCGAUUGGAUACAUGGGAGCGCCGAAUCAGGGGGCUACAGGUUUCGAGAAGCCGGACGCGCCCCUCAUGCUGGAGCAGGCCACAACCAAAGACUUUGUGUCUGAGCGGACCCGCGAGCGGGAAUCUCGUAUGCGUACGCCGAGUCCAUCCAAGCGGAUGAGGUAGGCAUAUUCUACACUUUGUGGCAUCAGCGGGAGACGGAGUUGCACAGGCACUGCAUUGGGCGGACGAAAAGACUGGACUGGAG